AUGGCGAUCGCUACGGAGACACAACAGCAGGAGAAGGAAGCUUCAGAUGCUUCUGCAGCUGUACAGAAGAGAUGGAAUCUGAGUGAUUUUGACAUUGGGAAGCCUCUCGGAAGAGGAAAGUUCGGUCACGUCUAUCUCGCUAGAGAGAAACGGAGCAAUCACAUUGUGGCUCUAAAGGUUCUUUUCAAGACACAGCUUCAACAGUCUCAGGUUGAACAUCAGCUCAGAAGAGAAGUAGAGAUUCAGUCUCAUCUUCGGAACCCCAAUAUACUGCGGCUUUAUGGUUAUUUCUAUGAUCAAAAAAGAGUUUAUCUGAUACUUGAGUAUGCUGCUAGAGGAGAACUUUACAAAGAACUUCAGAAAUGCAAGUACUUCAGCGAGAGACGAGCUGCAACAUAUGUUGCGUCGUUGGCGAGGGCUCUCAUCUAUUGCCAUGGCAAGCAUGUGAUACACAGAGAUAUCAAACCAGAAAACCUGCUAAUUGGUGCUCAGGGUGAGCUCAAGAUUGCAGAUUUUGGUUGGUCGGUACACACAUUCAACCGCAGAAGGACAAUGUGUGGAACACUUGAUUACCUUCCUCCUGAGAUGGUUGAAAGCGUGGAGCAUGACGCUAGUGUGGAUAUCUGGAGCCUUGGGAUUCUGUGUUAUGAGUUUCUUUAUGGUCUGCCUCCUUUCGAAGCCAUGGAGCACUCAGACACUUACAGAAGGAUUGUGCAAGUGGAUCUGAAGUUCCCUCCUAAACCAAUUGUCUCUGCAUCUGCAAAGGAUCUAAUCAGCCAGAUGCUUGUCAAGGAGUCUUCACAGCGUCUGCCGUUGCACAAGCUUCUCGAGCAUCCGUGGAUUGUGCAAAAUGCUGAUCCUUCUGGAAUCUACAGAGGUUGA